GGUAUGACGCACAAAAGCAAUCUUAAGGGGAAUGUAAACUGUCCGAAAGUUCAAAAAAGUAGUGAGAGGGUCUCUGGAACGGAAGGGACCCUUAAACGUGGUUUUCCUUAAUUCGCUGGGCGGCCCUGAAGGUGGUGUGGUGAGUCCUCCGCCUGGCUCUGUAAGUUCCCCCCUGCUGAACUGUAGGGUGCGGGGCGGGUGGUGGAGCAGCCUGCGCAUGUGCGUAGGGCUCGGCAGCUGCUGGCGUGCAUGAGGGCGCAUGCGCAGUUGGCCGUGCGUGUGCGCGGCGCAACGCACCAGUCCUGAUUCCGGCAUGGGUUGGUUGGUACCCCUGCUGUCCCUGCUGUUGCUUCUGGUCGGCGCAUGGCUCAAGCUAGGAAAUGGACAGGCUACUAGCAUGGUCCAACUGCCAGGUGGGAGAUUCCUGAUGGGAACAAAUUCUCCAGACAGCAGAGAUGGUGAAGGCCCUGUGCGGGAGGCGACAGUGAAACCCUUUGCCAUUGACAUAUUUCCUGUCACCAACAAAGAUUUCAGGGAUUUUGUCAGGGAGAAAAAGUACCGGACAGAGGCUGAGAUGUUUGGAUGGAGCUUUGUCUUUGAGGACUUUGUCUCCGAUGAGCUGAGAAACAAAGCCACCCAGCCAAUGAAGCCUGUACUCUGGUGGCUUCCAGUGGAAAAGGCAUUUUGGAGGCAGCCUGCAGGUCCUGGCUCUGGCAUCCGAGAGAGACUGGAGCACCCAGUGUUACACGUGAGCUGGAAUGACGCCCGUGCCUACUGUGCUUGGCGGGGAAAACGGCUGCCCACGGAGGAAGAGUGGGAGUUUGCUGCCCGAGGGGGCUUGAAGGGUCAAGUUUACCCAUGGGGAAACCAGUUCCAGCCAAACCGCACCAACCUGUGGCAGGGAAGGUUCCCCAAGGGGGACAAAGCUGAGGAUGGCUUCCAUGGAGUCUCCCCAGUGAAUGCUUUCCCCGCCCAGAACAACUAUGGGCUCUAUGACCUCCUGGGCAACGUGUGGGAGUGGACAGCAUCACCGUACCAGGCCGCUGAGCAGGACAUGCGUGUCCUCCGGGGGGCAUCGUGGAUCGACACAGCUGACGGCUCUGCCAAUCACCGGGCCCGGGUCACCACCAGAGUCUUGCUCUGUUGUCCAGGCUGGAGUGCAGUGGCACAGUCUCAGCUCACUGCAGCCUCAAACUGCCAGGCUCUAGCGAUUCUCCCACCUCAGCUCCUCAAGUAUCUGGGACUACAGGAUGGGCAACACUCCAGAUUCAGCCUCAGACAACCUCGGUUUCCGCUGUGCUGCAGACGCAGGCCGGCUGCCAGGGGAGCUAUAAGCAGCUGGGUGGUGACAAGGAGAAAAGCCCUCCAGGGUCACUGUCAUUCCCUGGCCAUGUUGCAAACAGCCCAAUUCCAAGCUCGGGAGCUUCAGCCUCAGGAAAGAACUUCCCCUUCUCUGUCUCCCAUCCCUCUGUGGCAGGCGCCUCUCAACAGGGCAGGAGAGGACUCAGCCUCCUGUGUUUUGGAGAAGGGGCCCAACAUGUUGAAGGUGGCUGGGAGCCAGGUGUUUCUCUUAGAGGCCAAGUAUUAUUGACACAGGGGCAAAUAAGCAAACAAUUGGAACAGAGGGCUCUGAAAGGCCAUUUGUUGAGCAUUUUAAAAUCUAUUCUCUUUCUCCCUGGAUGAUUCAGGAAGCUGACAUUGUUUCUUCAAGGCAGAAUUUCCCUUGUUCUGUUUUCUCAGCCAAUUGCUGUGGAAGGAGAAUGCUUUCUUGGUGGCCUCAUCUGUGGUUUUGUGUCCCUCUGAAGAAGGAAACUAGUUUCCACUGUGUAACAGGCAGACAUGUAACUAUUUAAAGCACAGUUCAGUCCUAAAAGGGUCUGGGAGAACCAAAUGAUGUAUUAGGUGAAGCGGUGCAUUGUGGGAAUCGCAAAGCAAAUAGUACUCCAGAAAGACAAAUAUCAGAAGCUUCCCAUUCUUUUUUUUUUUUUUUUUUUUUUUGAAACAGGGUCUUGCUCUGUUGCCCAGGCUAGAGUGCAGUGGUGAUCACUGCUCACUGCAGUCUUGAAUUCCUGGGCCCAAGAAAUUCUCCCACCUCAGCCUCCCGAGUAGCUAGGGACUACUAAGUGUGCACCACCAGGCCUGGCUAAGUUUUUGAACUUUUGUAGUGAUAGAAUCUCACUAUGUUGCCCAGGGUGGUCUCAAACUCCUGGCCUCAAGCGAUCCUCCCACCUCGGCCUCCCAAAGUGCUGGGAUUACAGAUGUGAGCCACCUCGCCUGGGCCCCCUUCUCCAUAUGCCUCCAAAACUAUGUCCCUGGAGAGUAGCCUGCUCCCACACUGUCACUGGAUGUCAUGGGGUCAAUAAAAUCUCCUGUGAUUGUGUA